GGAAGCGCAGAAGGUCCUGCAGCAGGCUUGGAGAGGCCCAAGGUUUAGCGAUGGAGCAGUAGUAAUCGAGCUGAACCGGGAAGGAAAAAAGAAAACAAGGAGAGAUUUAUGUAAAUAUAUCUCAAUAUAAAGGCGAAACGAAACGGGAUAAUAGGAUAAAGGAGCCCGAAACCAGGAGCAUUUGCUUACCUUCUGAGCAUGUCUGUGGAAAACACCCCAGACGAAGCCAUGAACUCCACCCCAGCUCCAACCCUGCAGGACCCUGCGGUCCCUGCAACGACCUCGGACUCUAAUCCGGCUCCAAACCCACACUCGGAGACUUCUGAGCCCAACGCGCAGUUUCCCGAGGAACCCAAACCGGGUCCUGCGCCACCGCCAGGUGCAAAUUCAGGCUUCAAGAUCAUGAUCUUCAGGCCAACCAUGGAGGAAUUCCGCGACUUUCCGAAGUACAUCACGCACAUGGAGGCCCAAGGAGCUCAUCGCAUAGGGUUAGCGAAGGUCAUUCCUCCUAAAGAGUGGAAGCCCAGACGCUCCUAUGAGACCAUCGAGGAGAUGGUCAUUCCCGCUCCCAUCAUGCAGGUCGUCACUGGUCAGUCUGGACUUUUCACGCAGUACAACAUCCAGAAGAAAUCCAUGACCGUGGGAGAAUAUCGCAAACUGGCCAACAGCAAAAAGUACUGCACUCCUAGGCAUAAAGACUUUGAUGAUCUGGAGAGAAAGUACUGGAAGAACCUGACGUUCGUGUCGCCCAUCUACGGGGCAGAUAUCAGCGGCUCACUAUACGAUCCAGACAUAAAGGAGUGGAACAUUGGCCAUUUGGACACACUGCUGGACAUGGUGGAGCAGGAGUGUGGGAUUGUGAUCGAGGGCGUUAACACCCCCUACCUUUACUUCGGCAUGUGGAAGACCACGUUCGCCUGGCACACGGAGGACAUGGACCUCUACAGCAUCAACUACCUGCACUUCGGCCAGCCCAAGUCCUGGUACGCUAUUCCUCCUGAACAUGGCAAGAGGCUUGAAAGACUGGCGAAAGGCUUCUUCCCCGGCAGCUCUCAGGGAUGCGAUGCAUUUCUGCGUCACAAGAUGACCCUCAUCUCACCCUCCAUCCUGAAGAAGUACAGCAUCCCUUUUGAUCGAGUCACACAGGAAGCGGGCGAGUUCAUGAUUACGUUCCCAUACGGCUACCACGCAGGCUUCAACCACGGCUUUAACUGUGCCGAGUCCACCAACUUCGCCACGCUGCGAUGGAUCGACUACGGAAAAAUGGCCACGCAGUGCACGUGUCGGAAGGACAUGGUAAAGAUCUCCAUGGACGUAUUUGUGCGCUGCUUACAACCGGACCGCUAUGAACUGUGGAAAAAAGGCAAGGACACGGCCGUCCUGGACCACCUAAAGCCCACCACGCUGACCAGCCCCGAGCUGGAGAACUGGAGGAAGAACCGAGUGACCUUUCGGGAGAAGCAGCUGCGCAGAGCUCAGCAGAAAAUAAAGCAGCUACGCCGACUCAAGCCCGAGGAACUGAAGCUGCUGUCCGACGAGGGCUUCGAGCUGGACAUGGUCGAUUAUCAUAAGCGGUUAGAGGAGAAGGAGACUCAGAGGAAGCAACAGAAGGAGGAGAAGAUGACCAGAGAGGCCAUGCUCACACUGGAGGCUUUGGAGAGGGAAGAACAGGAGGCAGCGCUCAAAGAAGGAGCUUCCCAGCCGCCUGGAGCGGAAAAGGAGUCUGAGCAGGCAGACGAAGAUGAUCAAAAGAAAAAGAAGAAGAAGAAAAAGGUAAAACCACCCGAGGAGGAUGGCUACGCGUUAUCCGAGGCCCAGAGUAACGGAGGCACAGCCGUCGGCGGCUUGGAUUCCAGCUUGCAGACCAACCUGUACCCAAAGAUGAAGAUGAAGGUGGAGGUGAAGAAGAGCCGAAGGCAUCCGUUCAGCAAGCCACCCAUGCGCACGCCCACUUUCAUCGUCAAACAAGAGGCUUCCAGCGAUGAUGAGAUGUACUCAGGGCUGUCAGUAGGUGGUGCUGUUGAGCAGGAAGUGAAGAGGCAGGAGCAAUGCCACUUGUGGCAAACCCUUUCACCUGACUUCAUGGCAGAGAAGCAGUUCAAUGCCGGCAUGGCGUCUCUGGAGCCUCACUGCGCCGUCUGCACGCUGUUCUGCCCCUGCACACAGCCCCAAAAGGACAGCGCUUCUGUCUCCGAUGUCUCUUGCAUUCCUGUGUCUCGGUGCGGUGAAAAGACUCGGCCCCUCGUGCCCGAGAUGUGUUUCAGUGCCGGUAUGGCGAACACUGAGCCGCUUCCCUCCAGCGCCGAGACAAGCACACUGCUAAGCUGCACCUGCUGCAACCUGCAGGUCCAUGCCAGUUGCUAUGGAGUUAAGCCUGACGCUCCACAAGAGAGCUGGAUGUGUUCUCGCUGUUGUGCAGUAGCAUGGACAGCGGCCUGCUGUUUGUGUAAUCUGCGAGGAGGGGCCCUGAAGAUGACCACAGACAACAGGUGGGUGCACAUGAUUUGUGCCAUCGCCGUGGCCGAGGCUCGCUUCGUUAGCGUCGUGGAAAGAGGGCCGGUGGAUGUUUCUGCCAUCCCAGAAACAAGAAAAAGCCUUAAGUGCGUCUUCUGCUACAAGGCCACCAAGCAGAUCUGCGGCGCCUGCAUCCAGUGUUCAUACGACGACUGCUCUACCUCCUUCCAUGUCACCUGCGCACAUCUGGCCGGCGUGGUGAUGAAGCCCGCCGACUGGCCCUACGUCGUGUCCGUCACGUGUCACAAGCACAAACAGGCCAACGUGAAGAGGUUUGAGCAGGCGCGUUCCGAUGCCGUUGUGCAGCAGGUGAAGGUGACAUCGCGUGACUUCUCCGUGGGGCAGCAGGCCAUCGGCAGGAGCAGCGACGGCUGGUUUUAUCGCUGCACCGUCAUCGGCAUCGGCUCCCAGACCUUCUACGAGGUGAACUUCGACGACGGAUCGUACUGCGACAACAUCUACCCUGAGAACGUGCUGAGUCAUGAUUGUUUGAGGAACGGUCCUCCUGAACUUGGUGAGCUGAUGGUCAUAAACACGAUAGAAGGACAGGUUCUUAACGCCUCCUUCGUUAAGGAACAUGUGCACAAAUUCUACCAGGUGGAGUUUCAGGACGAGACCCAGCUGUUGUUGAAGCAGAGUGAGAUUCACUCUCUUCAUCAGGAGCUGCCUAAGAGAGUGCUGUCUCGUCUGGUGACCUCGAACACCAACGAGCCUCAGGACAAGUUGGCUGACGAGCCCCAGGCUGCCAAGCGCCCUCGUUUGCCUCUUCCUUCCGUCGCAGCAGCUACGGGACCCCUCGAUGCCCCUCUCCAGCACCAGCCGUGCCCCGUUGUUGCUCCUUACUCAGGCUUCAGUGUUAACCCCGGCACCAGUGCCGCCCCCUGCCCUCCCACCCAAUCAGCACUCGUUUCCACCCUGGGGCCCCCCCGUUCCGCCCCUUCCUCCAAUGAGAGCUACACACACAGCUCGAGCUACAUCGCCUACAUGGAGUCUCUGCUCAACUCGGACUUUCCUCCUGAGGACGCCGAGCAGGCGCGGGGGAACAUUUUCAGAGUGGGGAAUUUUUGACGACUCCAUGUUGCAUUCCUCCAUAUUGAAGCAGGACUCGUUCGGUCUCCAGCGUGAGACUCGUCUCCUCGCAUCUCCUGCCACCUGCAAUCAAAUGCACCGUUUCCUCUCUCGACAUCACAGACGGGUUGAACUUUGUUCUCUGGGUUUCACUUCUUCUUCAGUCUGCAAUAACUCUGUAACCUCUCAGAAAGGGCGAGCGUAAACCCCGAGAUCGCAGGCGCUGCGUUUCUGCUGUUUGUAGUUGUUGACAAAUUAAAGAAACUAUGGGAUAAAUUCUAUUAAAAUGUGAAGUGAA